AUGAUCAGGAUAUUGAACAGGAAAAAUAAACGAGCAAUUCGGCUCUACGUCUUUGCAUUAGUAUGGCUCACAGUUGUGCUUUAUUGGUAUCGAGAUUACUAUUAUUUCUCAAGCCCGCUUAUGGCAGAAGAGAAUGAAGAAUCACUACAUUCAAUCUACGAUGUUCACGAUGACCAUUUCAAACUGCCGACACCUGUGGAAUUUUUCAACAAUGGCGAACCUAAAGAUUUUAAAGAAGACUCCACUUACAAGAUGCUAUACCACGCUUACGGGAUCAUUGAAAAACAAGGGAUGACAGAACGACCUGCUUCAGUAUAUACUCAAAUAUUCCAAAACCAUGACAUGGUGUCUGUAUUGGGCCACUUGAACUUUAGACAACGAUGCGAAUUGUUUUUCAAAAAUUUGUUUCUCAUUGACCAAAACUGGGCACUCGACCCUGGAAGAAAGUACGAGCUUGGAUUUGGUAAGCCAUACGAAGAAUUCAUUGCCCAAAACUUGGAAAAGUUUAAGGCACAAUACGAAAAAGAAAAACUCGAAAGAUCACAAAAACCGGGCCUGACUGUUAUUAUUCACUUCAAGGACUACAUUAUGGACAAAUUCAAUAAAGAAAAAAUGCUACGAUUUGAGCAAGACACCAUAAAUGACUUGUCAAUCUUGCGAUUAUACAACAAGUGUUAUGUAACCAACGAUGACGAGGCGCAGAAAAAAGAUAUAAGUGCGUUUAUCGCUAAGCAACAAAAAUUUAUGGCUCGAGGAGAACGAAAAACAAAGGACUCAACGUUUCGACUUACAAAGUCCGAGAAACUCAUCACUUCUGGAGCCUUCUCUUCGAGCUCAACGACUUCCAACUUUGACCACAGAAUAUAUCCGUGGUUAUCUUUAGAAUUGCCAAUAUUUGAAAGAUGGACAGGUGAGGCAUAUACAAGUAUACCAGUAUACCGAGAUAUACUAAAAGACAAAACACAACCGCCACCAACUGCAUCAACAACUUCAUCAUCAAAAAUCACUAAUACCAAUUUCUUUAAAACUUACAAAAGCUUGUGUAAUGGCAAAGGUAUUGUAUUGACAAUUGGUGAUCACCACGGAGAAACCGCUGCAAACUUGAUUAGACUACUACGCGCAUUAAACAAUAGGUUACCAAUUCAGAUAUUGUACCAUGAUGGACUUCGUACUGAUACAAAGGAAAAGCUAGUUGCCGCAGCAAGAGACAACUUCUUAGACCUACCAAGAUCAUAUUCGAAAGUGAGUGAUUUACUACCUCGAGAUCCACUGCGCCGUAAAACCAAAUAUCAAGGGUUCCCGAAACAAGAACUAUGGUUUGUUAAUAUGGGCCAAACCAUCCAUUCUAAUCACAAGAACAAAUUCCUUGGAUUUGCCAAUAAAUUACUUGCAACACUCUUUAAUUCAUUUAAUGAAUUUAUCCUAGUAGAUGCCGAUACCGUGCUAUUGCAAAACCCAGAAAUUUUUUUCCAACUUCAAGGUUACAAAACCACUGGCACUUUCUUUUUUCAGGAUCGUGGCACUUCGAAAUCUCGCUCAUUGCUUGAUGGAAAGAUCUUCCACUACUUGUCACAGUCAGGGAUUGACAAAAUCAUGUUUGACAUCAACAAUUUUUCCAACCAUACAUUGCAACAAAAAUUAUUUCGCGGUGCAGUGCACUCAAUGGAGUCUGGUCUCGUGGUGAUCGAUAGACGGCGUCAUUUUAGCUCCCUUUUGCUGAUUGUGCAUCUCAAUUUCAUUGAUCUUAUUACUGGUAAAAUCCAUGGUGAAAAAGAGUUAUUUUGGCUAGGCUUUGCAUUUAAUGGCGAUGAAAAUUACCAUUUUAAUCAACUCGAUGCAGCGGCUGUUGGUGAGCUUACUAGUCCCUUGGUGAGAAAAAAACCAAAUGGUGAUCAUUAUCACUCACAACAACUUUGUUCUGCACACCCAGGUCACAUUAGUGAAGAGGAUGGUCGUUCGUUACUCUGGAUCAAUUCUGGCUUCAAAUAUUGUCACAAUUAUGAAAGUGUAGAUUACCCAAAGGAAUUGGAAAUUUCGCAGCAACUACCAUUUGUGGAAAAAACUGUAUUGUCUUUUAAAAGGUUAUAUUCGAGUCCCUUGCGUAUUCAACAUGCUAUAAUUCCACCAGUCGACGAUGAAUUAACUUGGCGUCAAAAUGAUGCUGAGGAGCCAGCUAGUGGUUGGAUCAUGACGAAAUAUUGUAGAGGUUAUCUCUGGUGUGCUCACCUGAGUAUUGGUGGCAAAAUAGAGCCGGAUAAAGACAAUACGAUGGAAGGUAAGCUCAUUACAUUUAGUGAUCAAGAACGAUCACUAUUUGAUUUUUAUGGCGAUAUAUGGCUAGGAUUGGAAUAA